UCCGCAGAAUUAUGUCAGCAAAAAUGCCCCACAACGAUUCCCUCUAGGGCUUGAGGCUGUAAUCGCACACAAUUCCAGCUUUCUCCUCGCAACUUCGUGAUCCGUCUCCGUCGACACAGGGAAUCAAUCAGCAGCAAUGGCGAAGUCAAAGAACAGCUCCCAGCACAACCAGUCGCGCAAGGCGCACAGGAACGGUAUCAAGAAGCCCAAGACUUCUCGUUACCCCUCUCUCAAGGGUACCGACCCCAAGUUCCGACGAAACCACCGACAUGCUCUUCACGGCAACAUGAAGGCCCUGAAGGAGGCUAAGGAGGGCAAGCGCGAGACUGUCUAAGAUAUCGGCAAAGGAAAACGGAGGCGUCAAUUUGGAGCAUUCGCAUUGCUCGGUUACGGCACACAAACGAUAGAACUCACGCAAAAUGAAACGAUGGAAAUACAUACCAUGCGGCCAGCCCGACGAGAAGAUGGUGGAUGUCGACAGGUCCCGUCCCGGCGUUCAACGUUUUGAUGGCCCCGAGUAAAGCAUGUUGCUUGGUUUCCAUCCCAGGGACAUGAGGUAGUAGACGGAAAAACUUCUACCUGAACUCCAUACUACAAGGUCCAAUAUGCAGUGAAUUUGUCCGUGACAUGCUGUCCAGGCCCUAAUCUGUUCCAUGUAUCGUUAGUCGAGUCGCUGACCUACCUAUUCUUGUGACUCGCUAGUAGUGGUCAUGUACCCUGAAUUUUGAGCUGCACCAUGCCCCCUGUUUCAAAUGCUUUAUCGCUGAACCUGUCGUUCGAUCAUUGCUAGAGAGUGUUUCUAUUCAUGUCUCAACCUUGUGAUAGAUCUAUAGUACCCAUCUCGUACCUUCUCAUCGCCUCAAUUGCCCACUAUGUACCAGUAAUCAGUAUAGGUAUACAUCGUAGAUAGUUCUUGUAAAAGAGGAUUGGUUCCUAAUUGAGCUAUCUCCAACUUAACUAGACCUUUCCGGGAGACUCUACCUCCGUUUCGAUCAUGGCUACUGAUAACCAAAACGUUUUGCCACUUCGAAAC